UGUGUGCUUAUUUAUAGAAACUCAUGAAUAAUCAUUGUUCUCAAGUAAUUAAUUUUCUUCAAUGGUAUCCAAGAUUGUCCUCAUCGUCUUCUAUAUUUUUCUUUCUCAAGAAAUGCGCCCUUCAAUGGCGCAAACUUGGGUCAGAGCUGGUUAUUAUUGGAAAUCAUCAGAGCUCCCCAUUUCCAAAAUAAAUUCUUCUCUCUUCACCCAUCUUAUUUAUGCCUUUGCUAAUGUGAAUACCACCUCAUACCAGCUAUCUUUUCCAUCACCUUAUGCUGAACUACUAGUCUCCAAUUUCACAGACAUGUGAAGCAAAAGAACCCAUCAGUCAAAACACUUUUGUCCAUUGGAGGCCCAAAUAUCGUUUUGUCUACCUUAUUGUUAAGCAAUGAUUCUCAUAGAAAAUCUUUCAUUGAUUCAUCAAUAAAAAUGGCCAGGCUUUAUGGCUUUCAAGGCCUAGAUCUUUGGCAUUCUCAUGCAAACACAAGCAAUGAAAUGUUGAAUAUGGGAAUUCUAUUCAGAGAAUGGCGAGCUGCUGCUGUUCAAGAGGCAAGAAACUCAAGGCAGUCGCAACUUAUCUUGACUGCCUCAGUUAAACAUUUACCAAAUUAUUCUGAUUCGGCAAUUUUUCCGAUAGACUUCACACAGAAGUACUUGAACUGGGUUCAUGUUGUUACUUGUGAUUAUAAAAAGCCAGCAAUUACAAACUUUACAGCUGCUCCUUCAGCUCUGUAUGAUCCAAGUUGUAUUGAUAAUACUGAUUAUGCUAUAAUGGCAUGGAUCAAUGGAGGACUAUCAUCUAAUAAACUGGUCUUCUGUUUGCCUCUGUAUGGCUAUGCAUGGGAACUUGCUAAUCCUGAGGUCAAUGGUAUUGGCGCACCAGCAAGGGGAUCAGCUAACUUGCAGGAUAAAGGAUUCCUGAGUUAUAAUCAAAUCAAGAGAGAUUAUAUCGAACCAUAUGGACCUAAUAUUACGUUCAAUGCAACAUAUGUGGUGAAAUACUUCGCAGUAGGGAUAUCUUGGAUUGGCUUUGAUGAUGCCAAAGUCGUUAGAAUCAAAAUUUCUUAUGCCAAAGAAAAGAAGCUGCUUGGUUACUUUGUGUGGCAAGUCUGCAUGGACUAUAAUUGGGAGCUUUCUCGAGUUGCAGCGGAAGAGGAUAGAAUUAAUUUUCCAACUCAGGAAAUUGAUCAAACUGGAAGAAGUAAUGGGCAUAUGACAGUAAUAGUUUGGACGAUAACUGCAACUGCUGUUCUCUUCCUAGGCUUUGCGAUUGUUUAUUGCUGGAUGAGAAAGCUCAAAAGAAAAGGAAUGGUAGACUCAGCGAAACAAUCAAAUGAUGAAAUACCUUGUGGAGAUUUUACGAAAAACGAUCCUAAUCUGGUAAUAUAUACUUGGGUUGAGAUUGAAGCAGCUACAGACAGAUUUUCAUUUCAAAACAAGCUUGGCGAAGGUGGUUUUGGCCCUGUUUACAAGGGCAUACUACUAAAUGGGCAGGAAAUAGCAGUUAAGAAACUUUCAAAAACAUCCAAACAAGGCUAUGAGGAAUUCAAAAAUGAGGUUAUGUUGACUGCAAAGCUCCAACAUGUAAAUCUAGUCAAGCUUCUGGGUUAUUGCAUUGACGGAAGACAACAGAUGCUGGUCUACGAAUACAUGCCAAACAAAAGCUUAGACUCUUACCUUUUCGAUCCCAUUAGACGACAUAUUUUGGAUUGGGAAAAACGUGUUCAAGUUAUUGAAGGUGUGACUCAAGGACUCAUAUAUCUUCAAGAAUAUUCAAGAUUGACUAUUAUCCAUCGAGAUAUAAAAGUUAGCAAUGUAUUGUUAGAUGGAGAAAUUAAACCCAAAAUAUCAGAUUUUGGAAUAGCUAAAAUAUUUUCAAAAGAUGAUUUUGAAGCAGACACAAGCCGUAUUGUUGGAACGCUGCAUAUGAGUUGUGGAAUGUCGGCAAAGGCAUGGAGUUUAUGGAUGAAUCACUGAACGAUACAUAUUCAUACUGUAAAUUAAUGAGAUGCUUGCAAAUAGGUCUAUUAUGUGUCCAAGAUAAUCCAGUUGAUAGACCAUCCAUAUUGGACGUUUCCACCAUGCUAAAAAAUGUAAACAUAGAUAUGAUGAUCCCGAAGAAGCCCACUUUUUGGAAAGAAGGUCAGCCAAAUAAAUCUACCAUGCAGUUGGAAGGUUUUUCAGGGAGCACUUCAUCAAUUAAUGAUGUAUCAAUUUCGGAUCUAUUAGCUAGAUGAGCCUUACAAUAAACAUUUUGAGAUUACUAAUAUUGCUAUAUUAAUCACAUGUUAAUUUUUGUA